AUGAAGGCAAUGAACGGCCAUCGCGACCGCACCGAGCGGUCAAGUCCCCACCACAGGCCGUGGAGCGAGCCAAGACGCACAUCGGUUCGCGUCAAGCACUCGAUGCGCAAGAGCCCCUACCUCGUGUCCUUGUUCUUCCUGCUCGCCGCCACCACCCUCACCCUCCUCAACAUCUACAUCGCAGACCUCGUCCGUGUCGUCAUCCGCCAGCCUGGGCCCAUUGGCUACGAGACCAAGUAUGGCCUCUACCAGCGGUGCACGCGGCAGCUCCCCGUCCCGGCGCUUCUGUACCAUGCGACUCCGCUCCUAGAGGCGCAGAGCGCCGUCCCCUCGCCGCUCAAGUCCCACAGCAAGCCCGGCAAGUGGAAGUGCGAGCCCUUCCCCACGAGGUCGGAGUGUAACCAGUUUGGCGAGGGCUUUUGCGUCCUGUGGGAUUCGGCGGGGUACACUGCCCAGCUGGCGCUAGUGCCUUGCCUGUUUGCGCUCGUGUCCUUGCUCUUUAUCUUCCUCCACCGAGGCAAGCGGUCGGCCCGUGCGCGUGCUCGGAGAAAGCAGUGGAAGCUCGUCUCGGGCGCAAUGUUCGUCCACUGCCUGCUGCAGGUGGCCUCCGUGGUCAUCAUUCUGCGCGUCUUUUGCACCGACUCGCGGUUUGCGCGUGGAGCCCAUCUCUCCCGCUCGAUGUGGUUCGGAAUCGCUGCCGCCAUUGUCUCGGCCACCACAUUCGCCUUUUUGACAUUCACAGGCCUGGCCGCACGUCGCGGCGAGCCGUGGGCUGCGGGCCGCUCGGCACGCCAAGCACGCCGGCACAAGCGCACCCGCUCGGGGCGCGUCAUCACCGUGCCCGAGGGCACGCACAUUCCGCCCGAGCAAAUCGUCACCGUCGGCGAGGUGGUGGCCGCGGCGGACCUGGACGAGCAGGAGCACGAUAACGAGCACACAAGCCUGCUUGCCGGGCACGAGGCGAGCGUGGCUGGCGGCGGCAGUGUGCGCGCCACGGACGUGUGA